AUGCUUACAAACAACCCGUUGCUAUGAAAAACACAGAGACAAGUCGCUGCUGUUAUAUAAGAUGACAAAAUAAUAUUAGGCUAUACCUAGUAAAAAGUGCUGGCCUAUAUAUACAAACGUAUACUAUUCGUUUAUAAUAAGCUAUUCAUGAAGAAGGACUUAACGACAUCACUGUAUUUAAAAUAACCAUUAAACGUGAUGCCUCCUCCUGAGACAAUGUACUGCGCCCAGCAGAUCAACAUCCCUCCAGAGCUCCCUGAUAUUUUGAAGCAGUUCACAAAAGCUGCAAUCAAGACACAGCCACAUGAUGUGCUGCAAUGGGCAACUGACUAUUUUUCAGCAUUAUCAAAAGGUCAGGACCUACCAGUCAAAGAGAGGCUGGAAAUGCCAGUGGCAACUCAGAAAACAGACACAGGACUUACACCAGGUCUUUUAAAGGUCCUUCAUCAACAGUUUGCACAUGAAGAAAUCAUUACAAAAGAGAAACUUUUUCAGAAGUGGAAACACCUGGGCUUGCCUGUUGAACAGCUCGACACAAUCCUUGCUCUUGGCAACUUCAGCGAAAGCAUAAAUUGGAUGCAAUUUUUUGCCUUAGGAUGCGGCGCUUUGGGUGGGACCAUCACAAGCGCUUUGAAACGUGCUUGUGAAAUACUCACAGAGGACCCUGAGGGUGGUGAAGCACAGAUUCCUUUCCACAUAUUUCAGAGCCUCUACACAUACUUGGCCCAUCUGGAUGGAGAAAUUCCUAAAGAACAGAUCGACAGCUUCUUGCAUAUUUUAGAGGAGUAUGCAGAAUGUCAAGGAGGAAUGGUGCAACCUUCAAAUUUUACAAGCCUCUGCAGUGCAGAGAAGCCCGAGUAAAAUCCAGUACAAAUGGUCCUCAAGGUGGUGAUAUCUCAACAUAUUUAAAAACUAUUGUUCCUUGUUACCGUGUCUUGUGUUUGCCAUCUUUAUCCUUAUCUUGUGAUGUGAUUUGAAAAUGUAACCCAAAUAAAUCCUUGAAUCUCCAAUCUAGGUUGUCCGGAACAGUGCUGAGAAAGUGAAAGACAAAACAAGGCUUAUGGAAUAUUAGGUGCUUAUGUGAGCAUAAUAAACUUUCAGUUUUGAUUGUGA